GGACAUAGAGAGAGAGAUGGUACGCCGUUUUCAAGAGAGAGAGUGAAGAGAGAGAGAGCAUAGAAGUCUCCUUCGGCACAGGUAUAGUGGGAGAGAAAGCAUCGUUGUUUGUUAACUGAAUUUCCCAAACAUUCUCAAAUCUUGAGGUGUUUGUUUACUAAUAAAAUUUCAUGUUGGUUUUGUUUAAUGGCUGAAGAAGGUUUCUUCUUCACCAACUUGGUUUCCAUUCUGCACAUUCAUGGACUUCUUAUUCAUUCCUAAGGCAAUCAUCGUUCCUCUUCAUCAAAGUUCUUCUCUUUUUCUCUCCCCUUUUUUCCUGUCACAUGUCGAGAAGCUAUCUUUUUCUCUGUAAAUUUCCUCUCAAAAUCACCUCUUGUUCAUUUGCAACUUACCAUUCUAAACAUUUGAAAGAAACCCAUUUGGUUGCUUUGGUGAGAGAAACAUCAGAGAUUAUUAAAACCCAAAAAGAAUGGGAAAGUGCUCUGAGUUUCAGGCAUUCAGGGGAAGAAUCGAUAAGUAUAGAUGUUAUUCCUCUGGUUAUCGAUCGCCUUCUAGACCCCAAUUUGGGUCUCAAGUUCUUUCAUUGGGUCUCCAAGCACAGUGGCAUUCGUCCAGAUUCUCGGUCUUACUCUGCUCUACUGAAGUCUUUGGCGUUCUCGAAUCGAUUCCAAGAAAUUCAGGCUUUAAUGGAAGAAAUGGAAGCUGAGUGCCUGCAACCAACCACUCAUGCUUUAAACGAAUUGAUUAUCUCUCAUGCUCGAGCUGGUCUCAUUGACAGGGCCCUAUAUCUCUACAAAUUUGCAAAAAGUUUGGGUUUUUUUCCUCGGGUUUUUGCAUGCAACUCCUUGCUUGAUACUCUUAUCAAGAAUGGAAAAAUGGGUAUGGCAUUAAAGAUUUACUCUGAGAUGUUAGAGAGAGAAAAUGGAGAGAGUUCAGUGAGAGAAAAGGAUUCACUAGCGGUGGUUGAUAAUUACAGUACUUGUAUAAUGGUAAGAGGCUUGUGCAGUGAAGGUAAAGUUGAAGAGGGUCGGAAAUUGAUAGAAGAUCGGUGGGGAGAAGGGUGCAUUCCUAAUAUUGUUUUCUACAACACACUAAUCUCUGGUUAUUGCAGAAAAGGUGAAAUUAAGCGUGCCUUUGGGCUUCUCAAUGAGAUGAAAAUGAAGGGUUUUUUACCAACUGUAAAAUCUUAUGGAGCCAUUAUUCAUGGCUUGUGCCAGAAGGGGAACCUUAAGGCCACUGACAAGCUUUUAUCUGAGAUGAGAGAGAGAGGGCUCUGCAUCAAUGUCGUGAUAUAUAAUACACUUAUUGAUGCUCAUUGCAAGCUUGGUGCUAUGGUAGAAGCCGUGAAUACAUUCAAAACUAUGCUAGAGAGAGGCUGUGAGCCUGAUAUCAGUUCCUUUAAUACUUUGUUAAGUGGUUUUUGCAAGGAAGGGAAGGUUGGGGAGGCUGAUAAUCUAGUUAGAGAAGCUAUUAGCCGGGGACUAAAACCGAAUAAAUUUACUUACACUCCUCUGGUUCAUGCCCAUUGUAAGUUGAGAAACAUGGCUAGAGCAUUGGAUUUAGUGUCUGAUAUGUUGGUUCAAGGCCAUAAACCUGAUUUAAUCACCUAUGGCUCUCUAAUCCAUGGUCUUGUUAUAGUUGGAGAGGUUAGUCAUGCCAUGGCAAUUAGAGAUAAGAUGAUGAAACAUGGGGUCAUUCCAGAUGCUGGUAUAUACAAUGUUUUGAUGAGUGGUCUAUGCAAGAAACGGAUGCUUCCUAUUGCUAAUAAGCUGCUUAUUGAAAUGCUCCAAAGUGGGGUUAUUCCUGAUGGCUUUGUCUAUGUUACAUUGAUUGAUGGGUACAUCAGAGAAGGUGAUUUGAAUGAGGCAAAGAAGCUUUUUGCAUUCAUGGGUGAAAAGGGUAUUAAGUUUGAUCAGGUUGGGUAUAAUGCCAUGAUCAAAGGGUACUGUAAAUUUGGCAUGAUGGGUGAUGCUCAGUCGUGCAUGGAUGCCAUGGUAAGGGAAGGUCUUUGUCCUGAUAAAUUUACCUUCACCACUCUAAUAGAUGGAUAUGUGAAAGGUAACAACAUGGAAGAGGCCCAAAGGGUUUUUAGAGAUAUGAUGAAGCAGAAAACUAUACCAAAUGUGGUUACAUAUACCGUGCUUAUUAAUGGAUUUUGCAGAAUGAGAAGAUUAGACAGUGCUCGCGACCUCUUUCAAGAGAUGCAAUCUGGUGGCUGUGCUCCCAAUGUCAUCACCUAUAGCAUCCUCAUUGAUGCUUAUUCCAAGGAGGGUGAGAUCGAGGAAGCAUGCUCUCUCUUCGAAGAAAUGCUUGAAAAGAAUUGUGCGCCUAAUGAUGCCACUUUUCAUUAUCUUAUUAAUGGGCUCACUAACCAUACAUCAAUUUCACGGACCAUGGAAGGAAGGGUAUCCUGGGAGAAUCGCAAUUCUAUUCUUCUUGGUUUCUUUAUGUGUAUGGAAUUAGAGGGUUGGGACACAAAGACUGCUGCUUACAAUGCUAUUAUCCUUUGCCUUUGUCACUCUAAAAUGCUUGGUUUGGCUUUGAAGUUGAGGGAUAAAAUGGGAGGGAAGGGUCUUACGCCAGAUUCUGUAACUUUUGCUUCUCUGCUACAUGGGAUUUGUUUUGAGGGAAGAUCAAAUGAGUGGGAUAAGAUUUUAUCUUGUGGUUUUGAGAGUGAGGAGCUGCAUGCUGCACUUAGGUAUUCCAUUUUAUUUGAUAAGUAUUACUAUCAGGGGAAGAUUAGCAUAUCUACCCAAAUUUUGCGGUCGACUCUUGAGGAGUGUAUGCCACAAAGAGAACAGUUUAAAAGGUUAUAGAAAUAAAGAAGGGUUCAUCAUCAUCAUCAUCAUCUGAGCCUUAUCCCAACUAUUUGGGAUCGGCUGGAUUCAUGAAAAGAUGUGGCAACGUUUUAUGUUGUCUGCCCUACCUAACACAACCUUCCUCCCUUAUCGAGGCUUGGAACUCGCUAUGGCAGAGUUAGAUAAAGAAGAGUAUCGACCAAAAAUCAAAACUUGGCAAAUUAGAGAUGAGGGGCUUCUUUAUCUCUGAUUUUAUGUUACCAUUUAUUCAGGCAAGACAACUAUUGGUUUUAUGUUGCUAUUUAUUCAGACAAGACAACUACUACUACCUAAGUGCUGACAGCUGAAGGAGAAGCCAAAAACCUCGGUAGUGGGUUCUUGUCAUAGUUCGCGUAUGGCAAAAUUGAUGUUAUCUCUUGCAAUUUGACGAUGAUGCAGUCGCAUCCCAUCAUAGAACGAAUACUCGAAGCUCGAGUAGGGCUUUAACCUUUGGAAUAAGAGGAAUCGAACUCUGGAAGAUGCCAUCAUUAUCCUUGAUGACACUGAAGAGGUGACUCCUUUAGCCAUCCAGAGAGGAACAAAAGGAAUUAUGACCCCUACGAUGCAAGCGGAAUCAAGAGAAUGUCCAAUCCCUAUCAUUACCUCUAGCUCAGGGCAAGUUAUUGACCCCCUUGACUGGCGUACCGUGGAGGAAUUAUCAUGGAACAAGUUAGGCUGCCUUUCCCUGAUCAAGUCAAGAGACUCAAUCGUUGUAGUUCUAAUAUCCGCACCAUGGAGAUAGGGCGUGAUCUUCUCAGAGCUGCUUAUCAACUUUUUGGCCAUGCCUCCUUCUCUGAACUAGUCAUGUUCCCAUUCUUCAUGAAGAAGUUGAUGAAGAAUUUCGCAGACUUCCAUGUUCCUGGUGCUGGUUUAGUAAAGGAAAAGAUGGAAGCAAUAACUCCAGGGAGGUCUUGGAAAUAGAAGACCUGGUUUCUAUUGAGAAGAAUUCGUCUAUCGCACCUUUGCUGAGACUCCUUUCUGGGUCUUUAUCCAUGCUGGAUCUUGCUGAGGCAUUUUUGGGCAGACUUGGGACCGACUUGCUCCUGCGACAAUUUGUUCAUUCGGAUUUUCAGCCUUCUCCUUCGAAAAGGUCUUUGACCUCCAGGAAAAUUGUACUCCUUGAAAAUGAGAGUGAUAUGGCCAUUCUCGAAAGAUAUAUCCAACAGAUAUCAAGUUUGCUCGCUUUGGCUCACAAGGAAAUGGAGAACCCGUUGUCAUCCCAGCUUGAUCAUGAGGAAUAUCCUCCUUUGGUCAAAAAGAUCAGCCAUCUUAGGGGAGCAAUAUUAAAAGACAAGAUAAAGAAGGUGCAGCGGGAUUACUUCAGACUUAGUCGUCUGAAGGAAUGAUUCCUCAACCCUUUCUUCUUCAAGGCAGACAACCAUAGUGUUUUGUCUUUUUGAUAGACAAGACUUUGCUUCUUUCUAGCUUAUGUAAGGUGUGAUGUUACGGCCAUACAGUCCUGUUUGUUUAGUUCUUCUUGACUUUGUAUUUCGAAGCCACAGCCUACAACUUGUGGUCUCCAUUUUGCUAGCCGUUAUUGUCUUUCAUUUUCCUCUACUGAUGACUCUUUACUUCUGUAGUAAGUGUUCAUGUCCGUAUCUUGAGGUAGCCAGCCUGCAACCUGUAACCUCUAUUUUGCCAUGUAAUGAAUGCUCUUUUCUUUCA